AUGAUGGAACAAUAUUUCUACCAGCAAGUCAAUGGCAUCUAUAACAUCAACAACAACAACAACAACGACGACGAGAAUGAUGACAUCAUUGACAACAACAUCAACAACAACAACAACAACAUCGACAACAACAUUUUCGACAACACCAUCAACAUCAGCAACGCCAUCAGCAACUUUACAGUAUUUCUAAACAGUACAACAAUCUAUAACGACAACAUUUUUUACAACAACUACACCAACAUCAACAACAAAAUCUACUUGAAAAGAAAUUACAUCAUCAAUAGCUUAAUAUACAGAGAUGGGCUGUCUAUAUCAUUGUUGGCAGUAUUUUUUUUGUUGAUGUUUUUGCUGGGGUUUUUAGGAAAUAUUUCAGUUGUCGCGAUAGUUUUGAGAAAUAAGCAGAUGCACAAUUUGACGAACUAUUUCAUUGUGAACCUGGCGAUUGCUGACUUGUUGGUCACCAUAUUCUGUAUUCCUAUUACCUUUGCCGAGAGCUUUGUGUAUGGUUGGCACUACUCUGCUCUUCUCUGCAAACUGACUCCAUACCUGCAAGGCGUCUCUGUCAUCGCUUCCGUCUACACCCUCACUGCCAUCUCCCUUGACAGGUACCUGGCGAUAUGCCAAGUGUUCGAAUUCCGCAUGACGAAGACAAUCGCCCGCCGCAUAAUUAUAAUAAUCUGGAUGUUGGCUCUCGUGAUGGUAAUGCCCUGGCUCAUGGUCUACCAGCUUAAACCCAGCACAUCCCUACUGGCUGACAACCGGACAUUCUACAUCUGUCUGCCCAGCUGGAGAAGUGAUGUGCUGGCUAUGGUGCAUUUUAUGGGUGUGAUGUUUGUGUGUUGCUAUGUUCUGCCGCUACUGAUGAUUACGUGUUUUUAUCUGCUGAUCGCCAGGAAGGUGGUGAAGAUGAUAAUGGUGGUGGUGGUCCUAUUCGCCAUCUCCUGGCUACCCCUCUACAUGGCUUUCAUCUUCAUUUACUUCACAAAGGUCAACAAAAAAUUCAUCACCGAAUCAGCCGUCUUCAUGAAAUGGCUCUGUCAGAUGAACAGCUGCAUCAAUCCGAUCAUCUACUGCCUAUUCAGUAAGAAAUUCAGAAGUGGCAUGAAGAGAUUAGUGCCAGGCAGUCUCUGUUGUGGCAACGCUCGACGAUUCUUCGCCACCAAUCAGUUUACCACAAGUGGCCGUCGAAACAGGCAGUCGACGUUAAGAAGCGACGAGGACGAUUGCAACGCUGGCCACAAUGGCGUGGUAGAUAAUGGUGGUGGUGGUGGUUGUAAAUUCAGACGUCAAAAAUAUUCAGGAUCAACGAAAUUGAGUUAUUUGUACGGGAAGAAUGCGUCCCUUUGUCUGAAAAGCGGUCAGGAUAUCAGCAAUCAUUCUCCUGGCUCUUGCAACAACAACAACAACGACAACAAAAACAACAAUAAUAAUAAUAAUAAGAAAUUAUUAAUCAAUAAUAGUGUGUAG